CUUCUUUGGAAAAUGUUUCAUUUUCCACGAGACAACUAAAACCAAGUAUUUUCUACGUAAUCAUUUUCCAACUCAGUCUUCCUUCUUCCUCCACCUCCAUGGCUACUCCGCCAGUCGUACCGACCGCCGCCGCCGCCGCCUCCUUCACCCCAGUAUUCAUCAACACUGCAACUCUCCGAUCCAUCCUUACAUACAAAUCGCUAAUCCACCACUUCCGCGCGUUUCUUCCCACAGUCACUUCCAGUCUCCACUCCCCACCUCGCCAAAACUACGCCCUUUCCCCCUCUUCAUCUCUCCUCCUCAUGCCCUCUUGGUCUUCCUCUUCCUCCUUCCCCUACCUCGGUGUCAAGCUCGUCACCUACUUCCCCCAGAACUCCACCCUUGAAUUACCGGGAGUGCACGGGAGCUACGUCCUGUUCGAUUCUCGAACUGGGCAAACCCUAGCUUCCAUGGAUGGCACUGAACUGACUCUGUGGAGAACUUCUUGCGUGUCCGGUUUGGCUUCCGAGAUUUUAGCCAGAAACGAUGUGGGGGUUCUCGUGAUGAUUGGUUCGGGCGCUCUAGCCCCUCAUCUGAUCAAAGCCCAUCUCACAGCAAAACCCAGUUUGAGAAGAGUGAUAAUUUGGAAUAGAACAGUGGAAAAGGCGAGAAAAUUGGCCCAAGAGCUGGAAAACGAAGGAAAAUUUGAGGGUGUUUGUUUUGAGAGCACUGAGUGUUUGGAGGAAGUGGUGGGCAUGGGCGAUAUUGUGAGCUGCGCCACGAAUUCUGAGAGCCCUCUGGUCAACGGCGCAAGGUUGAAGGCUGGGGCGCAUCUGGAUUUAGUCGGGUCGUUCAGGCAUUCAAUGAGGGAGUGUGAUGAUGAAGCAAUAAAGAGGGGGAGAGUUUUCAUCGAUAACGAAAUGGCAUUGGAGGAGGCAGGAGAACUGGUGGGUGCUUUUGAAAGGGGAGUGAUUGGGAAGGGAGAAAUUGGCGGCAAUUUGGUGGAAUUGAUAAAAGGGGAGAAGGUUGGGAGGAGGGAUUCAGAGGAGGUGACAGUGUUCAAAUCAGUUGGGUCUGCAGUUGUAGAUAUUCUGAGUGCUCAACUGGUAUAUGAGACUUACAUCAAAAAUGGAGGUGGACUUUAAGCCUCACCAUGGGGCUUGGCUUACAUCUAUUGUAAGUACUGUUUUUGGGGGAGGCUUAUAUUAAUAAGACUAAUAAGUAUGGAUAAUCUUAGUAUAUAUGGAUUCUUCUAAUAAGCUCUUCUCUACUGUUUGAUUUUACUUCAUGGAAUUUGGAAGUAGCUGAGGUUGUGGUUUCUUGCAUGGUGCUGUACUAUUCAACUUGUUUCUUAGUUCAUACCAUUAUAUGCAUAUUUUGAUCCUUUCUGAUGGGAUGUAA